GUCCUUCCAUCUUCGCUGUAAAUCCGCACCACCGCGACAUCUCACCCAUUCCCAAGCAGGAUCUCUCUACGUCCGGUCACUUUCCCUUUACGAAGCUUGAACGUCAAAUCGGUCGCAAUUUUUCCACGUUAAAAUCGAAGGAAAUGUGAAAACCUACUGCUUGAAAAUAAAUUCAACAGCGAGUGAACGAAUCUUAGUAUUUUGAGAAACAAAACCGGUGAACACCUAAUUUAGGGAUAUAAUUCGUCGUAUAUAUAUUUUUUAAUUUGUGGCUUUGCUGUUUAAAAAGCUAAAAUGAAGACCAAAUUUAUCAACGGGGUUUCCUCUUCUCCCUCUCUAUCGCUGGGUUUACUAGUAACCGAGAGCGCCUUGCAGGUUCAGCCUGGUGCUCAAGAGGAUUGCAAGGACCUGGUCCGCUCGGAGACUCCCGACCAGGACACACGGUUAAAUGCUUACCUCUGGUGCAAGGAGUUCCUCAAUGGGUCCUGGAAAAUCCUGGCGGAGGACGACUUCGAGAUCACCGUGAUAAGGGGUGGGCUGAGUAACAAGCUCUUCCUGUGCAGCCUCCCAGACAGUGUGAACACUGUUGGGGAUGAGCCAAGGAGUAUUCUGCUGCGCCUUUAUGGGGCCAUCCUGCAGAUGUCCUGUAAUAAAGGGGAAUCCCAACAGUCAAACAAAGAGAAUCCUUUUCAAGGGGCAGAGGCCAUGGUCUUGGAGAGUGUGAUGUUUGCAAUCCUGGCAGAGAGAGAAUUGGGACCGAAACUCUACGGGAUUUUUCCUCAGGGACGACUGGAGCAGUAUGUGCCGAGCCGUAAGCUGGAAACGUGCGAACUGAGCGACCCGAGCAUUUCGGCAGAGGUUGCUGAGAAAAUGGCCAAGUUUCAUGGAAUGAGAAUGCCUUUCAACAAGGAGCCCAAAUGGUUGUUUGGAACCAUGGACAAGUACUUAAACCAAGUCAUGAGGCUGAACUUCACCCGGGAGUCUCACUUGCGCCAUUUCAACCGCUUGCUCAGCUACAACCUACAGCAGGAGAUGGAUUGGCUCAAGUCUCUGCUGGAAUCCACCCACUCUCCAGUGGUGUUUUGCCACAACGAUUGUCAAGAAGGAAACAUCUUGCUACUAAAAGACCAUCAUCAGUCGGACAAACAGAAGCUGAUGCUCAUUGACUUUGAGUACAGCAGCUAUAACUACAGGGGAUUUGAUAUCGGCAACCAUUUCUGUGAGUGGAUGUAUGACUACAACUGUGACGAGUUUCCCUUCUUCAAAGUGAAAGCGCAAGCUUACCCUUGCAAGGCUCAACAGCUCCACUUCAUUGAAAAUUACCUGCGCGCGUCCCCUGAAGGAUUCGACUGCUUAAGUCAAGAGGACCAAAUGAAAAUGAAGGAGGAGCUUUACACAGAGGUCAACAGAUUCUCCCUUGCAUCCCACUUCUUUUGGGGCUUGUGGUCCAUCAUCCAGGCCCGUCUAUCGACCAUCAAGUUCGGAUAUCUGGAGUACGCCCAGGACAGAUUUGAUGCCUACUUCCAGCAGAAGAAAAUGUGGGCCGUCUAACGGAGCAAGAAGAUUGGACCACCUUUUGAGCUGAGCGAGGUCAUGCUAGCCGAUACAGAUUCCAUGCUUUACUUACACUCUGCCACAAGAGUAUGUGCUGGCUGCUGUUGGUGCCGGCGGUGCCAAAUUGAAUCACAAGUCCGGGUGCUCAUCUUCACCCCAAAUUCCGCUGCAGCGCAAAGUCUCAACUGCUCGCUGACAGAUAAUCUUGUCAGGCCUAUCUCUGCUUGUGCAUUGCUCUGUGAAUCUAACUAAUACAUGCCAUGACUGAUGGAGAUCGAAAAUGGAUUUCGGUUGAAGCUAGACUGGACGCAUUAACAUUGCAUCAAUGUGUCAACGUAUUGCUCCUUCUGAGGGAAAGAGCCAAAAGUGAACCUCUUGUGGUAGUUUUCUGCUUACUUAAGCAUCCAACUAUGUAUAUUAUGAAAAUAUAUAUAUAUAUACCUCAAAGUACCAAUAACUCUGUUACUAACUUCUUGCUGGUGGGAUUAUUAGGACUUGAUAUUAUACAGUUGGUAUAUAUGCAAUUUUAGGUGUCGCCAUGAUUUUUAGGCCAGUGAAAGGGAUCAUGUUGUAUUUCCAUGUAUUUGAAUUUUGAGUUUCUGGGUUGAACAUGCUUCAAUUCAAAUCAUCAACCGUCGUAGAUUAAUCCAUCCAUCCAUCCAUCGAUUUUCCGCUUAUCCGGGGUCAGGUCACGGGGGCAGCAGCUUUAGGAGGGAAGCCCAGACUUUCCUCUCCCCAGCCACUUCAUCAAGCUCUUCCUGGCGGAUCCCGAGGCGCCCAGGCCAGCUGAGUGACAGUCUCUCCAGCGUGUCUUGGGUCGUCCCCGGGGUCGCCUGCCGGUGGGACAUGCCCGGAACACCUCACCAGGGAGGCGUCCAGGAGGCAUCCUAAUUAGAUGCCCGAGCCGCCUCAUCUGGCUCCUCUCGAUGUGGAGGAGAAUCGGCUCGACUCGGAGCCCCUCCCGGAUGACUGAGCUUCUCACCUUAUCUCUAAGGGAGAGCCCGGACACCCUGCGGAGAAAACUCAUUUCGGCCGCUUGUAUCUGGGAUCUCGUUCUGCACACAUCUUUGUACACUUGUGGUGUGAACUUGGAUAAGUGCGAUAAGAACAGAUCCCAGUAGUGACGGCUCCACAGAACGACGUCAUUCCAUCUUUGCGUUCUUUGUUGCCUUACUCUCCGUUGGCAUUUGGGAAAUUAAAUGUCAACACAAUUCAGACAUAUAGUUUUGAUUUACAUUAUUUACAGUUCAAUGGAAAAUGAACUAUGCACAGUAUUAAACUAUUUUUUUAUACCAAGCAGUAUAAUAUUGGCCAAAGAAGAAAAAAAAAACAUUCAAAUUAUUAACAUGUCAUUACAUUUGUGCAUUUUUGUUUUGUUUUGGACAUGGAAAAAAACAAAACAACUAUAUUGUUUUGCACAAUUGUCAAUACCCACGAGAGCUGUCAAGGAAAUCAAAAGAAACAGACUGCUCCUCUUGGAGAAUGCAGCUUGGAUGGUUAUUCUACUCAAUCCCCUUCGUCAUUGGGCAUCCACUCUACUUAAUAUUUUACGUUAACUGUUGAAAUGCUUUCCACUCGAUGUCGCUUUGUGACGAAACCUGUGCAAUACUUCAAAAGAUUCAUGCAUUUUCAUUGCUUUACAAAUGCGUUUGAACACUUGAUACCAUCCGAUAUCAUGCUGAAGCGCUACAAGACAGUAUACUUCCUCAGAGAAUUCAAGACAUUUUGUUAGCGUAGCAUUCAACCACUGAAACAAAUUUUCUGGUGAGGAAUGCAAGUGCCGUAUUUUCUGCACGAUAAGGCGCCUCGGAUCCAAAAGUCCACCUUCAAUGAAUGGCCUAUUUUAAAACACUGCAUCAUCAUAAGGCGCAUAGAAUACAAGCUACAAUAGUGGUUGUGGUUGCGCUAUGCAUCCACUAGAUCAGGGGUCGGCAACCUAUGGCUCGCGAGCCAGAUGUGGCUCUUUUGAUGAUUGUAUCUGGCCCGCAGAUAAAACAAAAUUAUUCCCGCUAGUUUAAUCCAUCGAUUUUUCACUGCUCACGUUCUGUUGCUGCAGUCGGCGGCAGGAGCAAUUUUAAUUGGAUGAUGCUGCCCUACGUAGGCUGUUGCUGGGGGAAACAGGUAAACGCCCCCUUUUGAAUAAGCCUGCUCAAAGCUUAAAGCCAAUCCUUCGACGGAUAAAAUAGCGAAAAGAAAAAAAGAUGACAAGUAUGGUCGAGUUCAGGACGAAUGGUCCGAAGGAUUCGUCUUUGUGGAGAGAACAGGUUCUGCGGUGUGUCUGAUUUGCAAAUACCAAAAUACGGUCAAAUGUAAUGCGGCACUUUGACACGCGCCAUGCUACGUUCGCAUCAAAAUACGCUGCGGCAGACAAUAGGAGGGAAGCGUGCAAGCUACUGAGCAGGCUGCAAGGUGACUAUAAUUCCACUCCUUUUGCUGGAGCUUUAGCAAUCGUGAGUAACGGAAAACCAUUCACGUAAAUAGUGAGUAUUAUAACAUUAUUUAAAAGUAUACAUUCGGCGGCUUAUACUGACAUUUUGUUGAAUUCACUAUUAUAUAUAUAUAUAUAUAUAUAUAUAUAUAUAUAUAUAUAUAUAUAUAUAUAUAUACAAGGCGGCCCGGUAGUCCAGUGGUUAGCACGUCGGCUUCACAGUGCAGAGGUACCGGGUUCGAUUCCAGCUCCGGCCUCCCUGUGUGGAGUUUGCAUGUUCUCCCCGGGCCUGCGUGGGUUUUCUCCGGGUGCUCCGGUUUCCUCCCACAUUCCAAAAAUAUGCUUGGCAGGCUGAUUGAACACUCUAAAUUGUCCCUGCGAUUGGCUGGCAACCGAUUCAGGGUGUCCCCCGCCUACUGCCCGGAGACGGCUGGGAUGGGCUCCGGCACCCCCCGCGACCCUAGUGAGGAUCAAGCGGUACGGAAGAUGAAUGAAUGAAUAUAUAUAUAUAUAUAAUGCGCGUCGUCCCGCACGCGGUCUGUCCAUUCCGUCUGUCCCUUUUCAAAACAUACCUACUUCACCGCGCCGCCACUGCGCCGCUCAGGCAGUGGCUCACUACGAUCGCGUGGGCAUCUUAGCGAAAAAAUGUUGUCUACCCACAAGCAUUGCAAUGAAAUUGUUAGUUAUUUAGUAGAGCUAAACAUCUCUUUAUUUUCGCGAUAAGCAAUGAAGAUGAACAAAAAGUUGAACCAAGCAACAACACUUUUGUGGGCCGAAGGCCCACCUUACCAGCCUUCCGCAGGAACUAGCUGAUGAGCCGCCCGGACGGCGGCGAACCAGCUAGUAUAUAUAUAUGGCGCUAUGCUUAAGGGAAUACAAUACAAUACAGUACAGCUUUAUUUAAAUUGAGCCUUCACAACCACUGCAGCUGUAACAAUGAGAAACGCAUAAAAUACAAAUGGCAUUGCAAAACAAUGAAUGAAACGUUAUGAAGACACUUGAUUCAACAAACAGGCACGGAAACCUUGUGGGGCUCACACCCACAAGGGACUAAAUAUCCUUAAAGGCCUUGCUUGUCUCCUCCCUUCAGCAGUUAAUGAUGCUUUUGGUAUUAGCUUCGUUUCAUAAUGGCUGCGCAGAGCUCACAAAGUAGUUGUCUGAGUGUGUGUCAGUGAAUGGACAUGUCAAUUCGUGUCGGGCAGAACUAUUUUAGCUUCCAAUUGGGUCCUGCUAAUGAUCACCACUAAAUGGCAUUGGAACACGAACGGAAGCAACUCACUGGGGAAUCUAAAGAGACUGCACCACCAUACGUAAGGCACAUCGGAUUUAUAGGGCGCACUGUCAGCUUUUGGGAAAAUCGAAUGCUUUUAGGUGCGCCUUAUAGUGCGGAACAUACGGUAUAUGUAUUAGUAUAAUGCAAGUAUGUAAUGUUUUAUUAAAUAUUGAACAUACGUCACUGUUCCAAAUCCACUCGUUUGAGCCAGCUAAUCUAGCGACAAUUGGCUUGCCAAGUAUCGUGACAGUCUGACAGAGUGGUUUAAGUUGGCAACCCUGAAAUAAGCUAACACUGGGUGGUGGUCUAACAAAUGUGUUUAGUGCUGCAUCCAUGCAACAUUCUACAGUGGGGUCUGACUUUUGAGCCACUUAGUUUGAUUUUGUGAACCCGCAAAAUGUGAUCCUGUAAAAGGUAUCGUUGGCAUUACCUCAUAGUGUUGAUAUAAAAGUCAUGGCUCUUAAUAUGUGAUUUACUCUGUUCUACUAUAUGCCAGUCGUCUGGUGCUUGAACCAUCCAAAUGUCCUUGAAUGCCCAGUGUAAGCAUUUUUGAUCUCAAAGGACUGGGGGCGGAGCGGGGGGGGGGGGGCGUAUAUGUACUUUAAACUGGGAUUCAUUUGACUUGUUUUAUUUUGCAUGCAUUUUUUUUUAAAGUACUUGACAGUUGUCCUUUUUAAAUGUGUGCGCGCGUACGUGUGUGUUACAUAAUUUGGAGACGCAAUUGGGACUAAGGGUGCAUCAAAAUAUUGUCCAUUCGACCAAACAAGAUCAUUUUGGUUUUCACAUGUGAAAAUAUGAGCCAAGUUUUAUUCUUUAGUUACGUUUAAUAGAAUGUGUGUGUUAGCUUUUGGUUUGUGUGACAUGACACAAAGACGUCUAUCCUUUUUUUUUUGAGCAAAUGUUUAAUAGUUAUCACAAUUCUGAAUGAAAUGAUCUGUCAUAAAGAGGGCCCUGCCUGGUUGAAGCUCCUGUUGAUCUGGCCAAGGACCAACAAACUAACUCAGUGCCACAAGCCUCGAGCAUCAUUAAGUCACACAAAGUCAUCUUAGUUAUUUGCAUGUCUUGAACAAAUCACACUGAGACCAAAUUUUAGUCCCUUGUCUCAGGCAAGCCCCACCUUCAAAUUUUAUAUUUGGUCCAAACCUAAACAUCCACCACAAAGGUUUUAAAAGUUCAUCCCUAUUGAGGCAAAAGUCUUAACCACUGUGAUUAUUUUAACAUCACUGGUCCAUGGCUCUUUUAUCAUUGUUGUUUUUUUUUUGGUUUUUUUUUUUUUUAGACUGUGUAUAUAUUUCUGCCGCACUUUUUUCCAAAGUUGCUUGGUAAUUGUAAAUUGUUGAUGCAAAACAUUUUCAUGUUAAAGAAAAAUGAUUGUUGUCAUUAUUGCUGAACACUGCAUAAGUGCAUAUUUUGUGUUCACUUUGGGCCAAUAGAAACCGAAUGGAAGCAACAUAGUCACUUCUUGCAAUGUGAAAUAACUAAGAUUGUGAUUCUCUGUGAUUAUACUUGUACUUGUAAUACACGUGUUGUGACAUUCAGUACAACACUAGUGGUGAUGAAUCAUUAACGAAACUGAAAAGGGUUGAAGUUGAACUACUGCAGCACAGAAAGAAUGACACCCCCCCCCCUUCACUUGUAUUUCUGCUUUGCACAAAAAAUAAAAAUUAAAAGCAUAAACUACA